AUGGACGAUAAUCCUAGCGAAGGCGAAGAUGAUCAGAAUGAGAUUAGCAGUGGCGCUGGUGGUGAUGUGGACUUUGAAGAAGGAUCUGAUGAGGAAGAGAUACAAUUUGAUAAAUCUCUAGCUGCAACACAUUCAUACAUGGGCCCGGGGCUCGUAGCGGUGCGAAGGCGGUCGGUGCUGGAGGCGGGCUGGCGGGGGCGCGUGCCGGUGACGGCGCACACGGGCGCCAUCUUCCCCGGCGAGACCGUGCCCCUGCUCUUCUCCAGCCUGCACGACGCAGAGAUGGUCUCGCGCCUCAUCGCGCAGGACAAGCUCUUCGGCUUGUUGUUCCCCGACGAAAGCGGCACCAUGGUGUCGGGCUACGGCGUGCUGUGCGAGGUGUUCGAGACGAGGGUGAGCGAGAGGGAGACGGCGGGCGCGGAGGGCGCGGCGCUGACGUUCAAGGCGCGCGCCACGCACCGCUUCCGGCUGGUGGAGCGCGCGCAGCCGAUGCACGCGUUCGCGCGCAUGCGGCCCGCCGAGGUGCGCGUGCUACCCGAGGCGGCGCGCGAGCGACCCGCCCCGCGCCCGCCGCGCCCGCUGCGCCAGCUGCGCGCCGCGCUCACGCCCUGGCCGCUCUUCCUGCACGACCUCUUCGGCUACGAGCGCGUGCGCGACCUCCUGCGCGACCACUUCCACUUCAUCCCGCCAGAGCGGCUGCCCGACGAUCCGGUGUCGCUGUCGUUCUGGGUGGCCUCCAACCUGGCGCUGUCGGCGCGCGACCGCCUGGCGCUGUUCAAGGUGGACGACGCGCUGCUGCGGCUGCACAUGGCGCUGCGCUUCAUCGCCCGGAAGAGCGUGCUCUGCUGCGCGGCGUGCAUGUCGGAGGUGGCGCGGCGCGAGCACAUCCUGGCCAUGUCGAGCGAGGGCGUGCACGCCAACUUCACCAACCUGGGCGGCUACAUGCACGACGUGGUGACGGUGUCGCGCGCGUCCAACACGCGCCUCAGCGGCAGGCCCUCGGCCGACUACUCGUGGUUCCCGGGCUACGCGUGGACCAUCGCCGUGUGCCGCUCCUGCGCCACGCACCUCGGCUGGCGGUUCGACGCCAUCAAGCGCAACCUUCGGCCGCUGCGCUUCUUCGGGCUGUGCCGCAACUACAUGCAGCCGCGCGCCGACGACGACGACGAGCCCGACCGGCUG